GGCGGCGGCGGCAUCGCGAGCACCGCCGAUGACGAACGUCCGCGGCUCGCGCACCACCAAUCGCUGCACGCACGUGUGUCCGCGAGCACAAUCGCCGUCUCACCGGUCCGGUCCGGUCGUCGUCUUCGUACGCACGUUCGCGAACGGUAUAUUUUCGUACCGCGUGAACAGCCGCCGCGCACUCGACGCUCGUCCCGUCCGACCGCGUUCAACGUGUGUUCAACGCGUGCACCGCGGAACCGUAUCUCGCAGUCGCUCGCACGGGUUUCGUCGCACCGGCACCGCCGUCCCCGAGAACCCGACCGGUCGGCUCCGGUCCAACCGCGGAUGGCAUGAACCGCAGUCCGUCCACCGACCGAGUCACGCUGUCCCGGGCCGCUGGACUGUUCGUCACCGCGCUCGCCGUGGCCGUGGCCGUCGCCACGCUGCUCCCGCGGAUGCCGGCCGCCGUCGCGGACACCGUGUCCGCGAACGCGUUGCCCGACGGCGAGAUCGAGGUGCGCGUGAGCUCCGGCAACGUGACCGCCAAACAGACGUCGUUCGCGUCACCGGAAACCGGGGAAGAGCUUAUGUUGCACCAAAUAACGGACGGUGAACAUUUCAUGCAGUUGAUAUACGGCACGAAGAAGACGCUCCUAGACUGCGAGUACGUCAAGGAACGCACAGCGGCUAAAGAUUUCGUCCGUGAGUUUUGGGGAGAAGAACAGGGCAAAAACCACACGGUAGGCUCUUUGUCGAAAAGAUAUGCCCGUAUGGUCGAUUUCCAACAUUUGAAAAAGGUCUGUCAUCAAAAUCAUAAAAAAACGAGAAGAAGACUGGCAAAUGAACAGCAGCAUCGUGAGCAGUACGACUUAACUAAACUCAUUAGCGACGGUAAACGUCGUAAGAGAGAUCUGAUGUCUGUGUUAAGAGUUCCUGGUACGAAAUGGUGCGGCAAAGGGCGAUCGGCUAAAUCGUACAAACAACUUGACGGAUUUGGUAGCGCAGAUCGAUGUUGCAGGAUCCAUGACACGUCUUGUCCGAUGACGAUCGGCGCUUUGGAAAGAAAGUACGGUAUAUUCAAUUGGAGACUGAAUACACUCAUGCAUUGCUCGUGCGACCGCAGGUUUCGAUCGUGUUUGAAAGUGAUCGGCACCGGAUCCGCGAACUUGAUCGGCAAGCUGUUCUUCAACGUGGUGCAGACCAAGUGUUUCGUGCUGAAGAACGUGCGGGUGUGUACGAAAAAGACAUGGUGGGGCAAGUGUCACAGGCACGAGCACAGGAAGAAGGCUUACAUCAGGAACAACCUAUCGUAUUGAUUCCGUGUCCGCCGCGUUGCACAUUAUAAUUUAUUUAUUUAUUUAUAAGACCAGUAUUUAUUAUUAUUAUUUGGUCGCAAUAAACGACAAAUCUUCUAAUA